AUGGCCUCCACUGAAGAGGUCGCCAAGCGCUUGCACGAGUCCCGCCCUCCCGCCACUGACGCCUUCACGUACCUCACCAUCAUCGAGCAGUCGCUUUCACCCGAGAUUCUACCUGUCCUCCAGGACAUCCUCGACGAUGCUGAGCUGACCAACGACAUUGGCUGGGACCUGGUCGAUAUGCUCAUCUCCGUGCCGGGCAGCGCCGAAUGUCUCGAGCGCAUCGCCCGGCUGGGGAAUCCACGUGAGGUGAUCCUCAAGACCCUCGAGGUGAUGGACAAGGCGGCGGCGUCAGCAACGAGAGAGCACGAGAAGGAGGAUGGGAAGGUUAUAUUUGAUGAGAGGUUUGUGGCUCUGGUGGGCAUGCUUAAGAUUCUCCACGCGCGGCUGCAGGUCAAGGCGCCUUCACGGUUUCUGCACACGACCCUGGACACGGUUCUGCGGGCAUAUGAUCCGACGAGCUCAGCGCAGACAGCGGCCAUUAUCGAUCUGAUCCGAUCGCUAUCCGGCAAGAAGCGACCGGCGCUGCCCACGAGACAGUCGAGCACGACGCUGGACACGCCGUUCCAGGCGACUAACCCGGCACAGAGCGCGCCUGACCCGGAGGCGGAUGAUCAAGCGCAGCCCGGCCCCAUGGAGCCGGCUCUCAUGUCGAGGCUGCUGCAGUCGUUCAUCACGUGCAUCAUCGAGGCCUAUGUCAACUCGAACAGCCUCGAGUGGGCGGCGCGGCUGCUAGAACACACUGUGCCAGAGAGAAUCGUUCUGAGGCGAGGCACCAUGCUACAGGCGUACAACGAGAUUGCUGAGCUGCAGGCCAUGGAUGCUCUGGUCGGUCAGCUGGUGUCGGUUGCAGGCGAUCUAGGUGUCUCUGAUAUCAGCGCCGACGAGGUCAGGGAGAUCUGCACGGGGCCGAUUUCGAGAGAUCCCUUGUCGAUGGACGAUGCGGACCCGGAACACCCCGAGGUCAUCCCAUUGUCAUCUGGUGGAUUCGCCUGCCUCGCCGCGUACAAGAUGUUCGCUACGGAUGUCUUUGAAGCGCACCACACAAACUUCAACAUCAGCAUCUUCCCUGAUCUACACACCAUGUUCAAGAAUUUGGCGGAAGGAGACGCGCAAUCUGAAAUCAUGGGGAACCCAGGCACCUUUGAGGCGUUGGUGGUCAUGGCGAUCUGGCUCGAUACUCACCAGGGCACGCUGUCUGAAAAGAGGGAGGGCGCCGAGGAGGAUGUCAACAUCAUGAGCUACCACCACCUCUUGACGCUGGUGUCCAUCUUCCACCCGAAUCUGCGUGUCCGUAACGCCUCGACGUUCAUGGCCGGCUCGGUCCUCCACGCUGAUCCCAAUGAGAACGACCGUCUGGCCAUUCUGGAAGACCUUAUGGAGAACUGUGUCUUCGCCGCCUUGCAGGCUUGCGCUGUGACUUGGCUCAAGGAGGAGAUCAUCGCAGCCAAGAAAGCCGAGGAUGGCAAGUCUCACUUUGCAAGCCCCGAAUGUUUCGACAAACUGCAGUACACCGUCUUUCCCGACUUGACCCACCUCGAGUCAGCCGACGUGGCUGCUCUGUGGGAGUUUUGGACGAAUGGGUCGCCAUUCCACCUGCAGGUCGCCAACUUUGCCCUCUUCCUGUUCACAGGCGACGGGUUCCAGAGUGUUGUGCCCUCGGGCAUGGGCACGACAAUAGAGCACCGCUAUGCUGCGCCACUGCUCAAGGCGGCGUCUCGCCUCAUUGAGGGCGUGGACAAGGGCGAAGUUGGCGAGGAGGGCGCAGACGAGGCCAGAGUGCAGCUGAGCAUCUUGACCGAUACCCUGAAGACCGUGUCUCUUCAUUGA